AUGAGCAGACCGACCCACUCACCUGAAAAACCGCCGAUCGCAGAGGAAAAGCUGAGGGACAUGCUUGGUGAGCUGCGCUGCAAUAUUGCAGCUGACAUCGCCACGUUCUGCGAAGAGAUCAGCAGAGUAUCGGCCCGCCUGCAAAACACAGAGCUCAACACUGCCGCACAGGAAAGCCGACUUGUGACG